AUGUCCGAACAACUCCGACUGCAACUGAUUAGACAUGUACCGGUCUUAUAUGAGUUGUCCAUUGACACUCUGUAUCCAUGUUCAGUGGCCAGCCUGGGGGAGCCGUGUACGGGGGAGCGGAUCUGUCAAACUGCUGAUAGCUUCUGUGGGGACGAUGGUGUGUGCACGUGCAAGGAAGAAUUUGAGAGGAGCAACGACGGUCACUGGUGUCGCCUGCAAAAAUCCCUUGGCAUCCACUUUCCGGUUCUCAAUGAAGAGUGCAGUGGCGGAUUCUUUUCUGACUGCUACAUGGGUUUCGAGCAGGAGUGUCUGCAGGGACGGUGCACGUGUCAUUCGGGGCUGCGUCCAAUCACUGGCGACGGUGACAUGAAGGCGCUAUUUCCAGACGUGGGUCAGUGUAGGAAUGCGUCUAUCAAUGAUAGUGAGCGCGAGGCCUUCCACUGCAGGAACGAGAUCAGACGUCAACGUAAAGAGGACGUAUAUGACAAAGCCAAAGCCAGAAGGGUCGCAGGGAGACGUUCAGGGACAAUUUAUCGACGGCUUCGACAGACGGUCAAACUUCCAGAUAUUCGUUUAAAAUACCCCGACCGUUCAGCGCCGGCAAUGGUCACCGGGAUUAUGAUUCAACUCAAAUCUCCUAUCCAAACUCCGUCUUUGAUAAUAACGUCGAGACGUCAACGUCACAGCCCCGACCAGACGUCGUCAACGUUGGAACGUUAGAACGUGAUGUCAAAUGUUCAAGAAAAGAGAGCGAUACUUGUCAAUAUGACGAUACGUAGUAGCAGAUUACGACCAAUGUAUCGAUCUGGUAAAUGUUUUAUGUAGAUGUAGUU